CUUCGUAAGUCAUUUGAUUCAUUGUUACGAUUGUGGAAAUCUUCGAAAACAGCGCACGAUUCACGAACUAAUAAUUUCAGCUGCUACACUAAAACAUUAUUAGAGCAUACAAUAAGAAAAAGUGACGUAGGGCGGCGCCUGAAGAUCUGAAGUCGAUAACGGUUCGUCAAUGCAUAAACAGUUAGUUUAUUUACGAGGUGAUGUGAAUCAACGGGAAUGAAUAAAAUGCGAAGUACUAUAGCUGCGUAGAUGCAUCAAGGUUUAGUGUAGGCUACGCAUGGUGAAUUAUUGCAAUUUUUAUGUACUAAUGCAUACGCCGGGCGAUCGGCUGGAAAAUUACAAAAAUCGUCAUUAGUAUUGUUAAAUAUGAGUUCAGCAGCGUUAAGGGCGUACGCCCAAGAAUAUUUCAGCUCUAUUAAUUCAAUAGCUGAAAGAAUUCGGGCAGACGUCAAUACAGCCGUAACUGCGUAUGAAGAUUUGUGGCAUACAUUAAGUCCUGAAGACCAAAAUCAGGUUCUAGACGAUACCAUUAUACAUCCUGAGGCUGUACUGAAAUAUUCUCUCUGUCAACAAAAUGAAAUAGAAAUUGAAUGUUUUCCACGGCUACGUUUAGAAACGGGUUAUAAAUAUGUGACAGAUGACGACGGAGGAAAGGAACAAGCCGUGAAAUGGAGGGAUGAACACUCUGCACCAUUUACAUGGAUGACCCAGAGCCAGCUGAAUCUCAGCAUUAUGGACUCCACUGAAAAAGACAGCAGGAAACCUCCAUUACAGUCUUCUGACACUUUAUUUACACCAUCAAAGAAACCUUUCACCACCUCUGACGGUUUUGUUGACCCACCAGAUGUAGUGUUGGGUGGUUCGUCAUCUCGAUUGGCAGCUAGUCUUAGUCCAAAAAUCAACUUAGCAACAAAAAAUCCUUGUGGAGAAGAUAGCUUACUAACAAAACUUAAAAACAAGACAGCAGUAUUAAAAAUACAGACAACUUUGAAAUCUUCAAUGGGCAAACCAGAACCAGAGAGAGUUCCUUGUCAGUCUGAUAAUGACAAGCAAGCCCUUGUUCACACAAAGACAAUCCGCAGUACUACAAACAAUUUGAAGAAUACAAAGAAUUUGGGUAAUAAACCACUGGUGUCUAAACCAAAGACUCCUCCUCCACCACCUCCCACAAAACAGAAACAUAUAUCAGAAACCAAGCUAGAGGAAGAUCCUGAAAGAAAAGCUUUAUUGCCAGGUGCUCCUACUAGUGGUCAGAACUCUAAAGAAACUAAGGAACAUUUGGUAGUGAAAUCUACUACUUCCAUUGAUUCAAUUGAUUUAGAUGAUUUCCGUAUUAAUCUGAAUAGCCCAUCAAAGGAUGUUCCAAAAACAGGUUUUGAUUUCCUUGACAACUGGUAGUUGUGCUUCAUUUUUUACAUUUUUCUUUUGCAUGGGUCACCAAAGAUACAUCUACUGAACGAUAUUUAUGGUGUGUAAAACUUCAAAGUCUUAUGCUCUGUUUUACUUUUGUAUUCCUAUGGUUCAUAACUGUGAUUUAUUAAUUUUAGAGAUGUUCAACUCUAUAUCCUGCAUCGAGAACUUAAAGAACUGCAUAGUGUAUUUUUGCUGUCUUGAACAAGAUAUAUCUAGCUAUAGAGUAUGAAAAGAUAAACGGAACUGUAGUGGUAUACAUUUUCUGAAUAUUUUUACAAUUUUUGUAAGUGGAUUUUAUAAUGAUUUUAGUGAAAUGUGAAAAAGUAUUACUUUUACCUAUUUUAUACCAGAAAUAGUGUUGAUGUACCUGAGUGUUAAAAAGGCUCAUAACCUGUAAGAAGUUUUAUUCUCAUCCAGUAUUGGAAAAAUAUAAGCUUUCGAUUAUUUAUUUUCAUGUUGGAAUCGAAGUAUUUUUACAUUUCACAGAUUAACUGAAGCCUUUGAUAUUGCUUUUCCAAGUAGCAACCAAAAUGUUAUCUUUCAGUAUAACCUAUACCUUGGGCUACAUUACAGAUCAGUUUGUCACUACAACCUGCAUCCCAAAAAAUAUAGGCAUAAAAUUAUUGUCAGUGCUCUGAUCUUUUCCUGUUUGCAUUUUUAUGAUGUCACGUACUAUAACAUCACUUCGUCACAGGAUGAAGCUGACAUCCAGUAUUGGUAGAUUCAAUUGAAGGCAUUUCACAGAGUUGUGGUUUUCCAAUAAAAACUGAUCUGAUGUUUGGUAUGAAUAACAAAUUGAUACCAGGGAUCACCAUGCUUAGCAGCAUGUUGAAACUGGGGAAACUCAUUCUCAGAUCCUGUUUGAAAUGAAUAUCAAAACUUCCAACACCUGUGUUGAUUUUUGAAGGUAUUUUUUGUCAUUUUUAAAACAGUUGUGGAUAAAUAGUUUUGCCUCACUCCUUUUUGAAAAUUUACAGUUAUGAAAUGUAAAUCAUAAUUGGCAAUUAUGAGUCAUGCAUUUUAAGUUCCAGAAAAUCAGAUACAAGUUGCACUGAUUCAGUGUUACUUUUGUCGUCUCUCUCUCUCUCUCUCUCUCUCUCUCUCUCUCAGUUAUGUUACCCUUUGUCACAUUGUGUGUGACUACGUGUUUGACUAUUCAGCGGAUAUGCCUUUAACAAAUGUUACCUGUUUUUUUUUUCCCCCAAAAUAAGUUGACUAUGCUUGAAAAUUGGCAGUUCACUCCAUUUUAAUACUUAAAUUGUAGACUUGAUUUAACAGUGAUUGGUGUUAGUAUCUGUGUGGAAUGUUUACUUGGGUAAAGCAUUUUGUUUACAUUGCUAACAAUCAGAAAUGAGUAACACUAAUCUGUAUUGUCUUCAUUCUUUCUUAGGCAAACUAUGAAGCAUCGUAUUCCAUGACAGCCAUUAGUAUCAUGGAUAUAUCUUUUAGUUAAAUGUAGCAAAUCAGAACUUUGACUGAAUCGUGUCGCCUGUGGAUGUCUAUAAAUCAGUUGUAUGCUAUAUGCCAUAUGAGAGUGCACUGGUGUAAUGGUCACCGUUAAAGAAUACAAAUCUCCAACAGUUAAAUAUAUCUGUUACUGAACUUGGUCAUUUUUUGUACAUUGAGAAUUUUUUUAAUGUCUCACAAACUCAAAUGGAAGAAACCAGACAGAUGUUAUAGAAUCAGAGAUACAAAUGAAAUGUGGCAAGUGUCUUUGUUUCACUUUGUGUGUCAUGUAUAUAUUAAGAUUAUUGGUCAAUGUGCAUAUUAACAUUCAGGAUGCAUCAACUCUAUAAUUGUAUUUAGUAAAAAUUGUUUUA